AUGGCUUCACUCCACUUCUGCUCGGAAUGCAAUAAUUUGCUUUAUCCAAAAGCCGACACUGGACGUCGCAUCAUGGUCUACGCCUGCAGAAUAUGUAAUGAAGAGGAGAUCGGCGAGAAUAAGUGUGUCUAUAGGAAUGAUUUGUUAACGGUCACCAAGGAACAAGUAGGAAUCACGACGGACCUUGGAUCAGAUCCUACAUUGGCACACUCAAAUAUUACAUGUCCGCAUUGCGGCCAAGACGACGCUGUCUUCUACCAGGACCAGUCGAAACGGAAGGAGACCCGGAUGAUUUUAUUCUUCGUCUGUACCAAGUGCAACCACAGUUUUACAGAUCCUUCGCUCCCGCAAGACAACCGACCUGACACUUGA